UUUUUUUGGACCAGCUAGGAAGGGGUUAAAGCCAAGGGAAGGUGGGAAGGCGAACGUUCCUUCCGGAUCCUCUUUUGGGAGGCCCUCGUGGUUAACUGUGGCGACGCGGGAGAUCUCUGAGGCUGAGCCAGGAGCAGCAGGCCAGGAAAAGGCAGGUUUUUUCCACCCUGAAGAAUGAUGGACCCCCAUUGACUGCAGCAAGCCCUGGAUAUUUUGCUGUGUUCUUCAAAGAAGAGUUUGCUGGAUGAGUAACUAGAUAGUAGUUACUAGUAACUAGUAGAAUGGGAAGGGUGUAAUUUCAGGAAUCUUUUAAGGACUGGUACUGAAAGGCAGAGGAGGAGAGACACAACAAAGCAGGCUUUUUUUGGAAGGGAAUGGCUGCAAUACAAGAAACGGGGUCUGCUAGUUUUCUAGAUCCAGAAAUAAAAAUGGAAGUGCAUGGUUCAUUAGGUCCAGAAGCAGAAGAGGUCGUAGAAGGAGAAUCUCUCCCCAAAAUGGGAAGCAGUGCAGAAGAAGCAGAAGAAAUGCUGAAACAGAAAUCAAAGGAAGAGGCGUCACGAAACUGGAAUGCUCAGUUUGAAGAUUUUCUGAAGACACUCCAGUUUCCUAGUUCGACAGGGAAAGCCACGCAGCACACUGCCCCUCGCACGCUUCCCAGGAGAAUGGCUGAGACCAGCCACUCUCCCAAGGGAGUGUGGGUUACCCCAAAUCAGCCUCUUCUCCUUGGGGAAGCCACAGGGGAUGAUGAAUGCUAUCCAGUUGCCACACAUCCUGGGAAAGAGGUCACAUCAUCACAGAAAGGCAGUGUUGGGUUGGAGGCACAGCGCCAGCAUUUUCGGAUGUUGAUCUACCAAGAAGCUGUUGGGCCCCGAAACUUCUGGAGGAAGCUCCGAAAACUCUGCCGGAAGUGGCUGGUUCCAGAGAAGCACACCAAGGAGCAGAUCCUGGAUCUGGUGACGCUGGAGCAGUUCCUGACUGCCCUGCCCCCAGAUAUGCAGAAAUGGCUCAGGGGACGCCAUCCCCAGACCUGCUCCCAGGCAGUGGCCCUGGCGGAGGAUUUCUUUCUGAUGCAUCGAGGGCCCAAAGGCUGUGAAAGACAGAUCACUGAGACGUCCAAAGACAUGUUUGCAAAUCCCCCCAAGGCAAAAGAGGCUCAGCCAAGGAUGAAGCUUCGAGCAGAGACUGUGCACAAGCAUAUUGGGAAUGAAAAUAUUGUGGGUGAUGCACAGUUGACUGAAAGUGAGGAACCCCAGCUUGAGAGUAACAAGGAAAUGGAGCAGCUGAUGACACCUGUGAAAAUAGAGGAUCCAUUUGUUCCAGCCCAAGGUGUUUGCAAAAGCGACCGUGCACCCACUGUCUGUGAAGAAGAGAAUGCAGAGAAAUAUGACAAAAAUGGGAAACACUUUAGCCAGGAUUCUCACCUGCUCAUUCAAGAAGAUCCCGAUGUAGAGAAGAUAUACAAAUGUUGGAACUGUGGACAAAACUUCAGUAGCAGCUCAGACCUUCUGACCCAUGAGAGAAACCAUGUGGGGGAGAAAGUGUAUACAUGUGCUCACUGUGGAGAAAGUGAGAGGAUCCACAAAGGCCAGAAGUCAAAUAGGUGUCCGCACUGUGGAAAAACCCUGGAAGACACACUCGAAACAGGAGAGAAGCCCUAUACAUCUUCAAAACGUGGGAAAAGACGCAGUCAAAGAUCAGAGAUUCUGCAACCGGAAAGAACAUGCAGAGGUCGGAAGCCUUCCACAUGCCUUGUGUGUGGGAAGAGCUUCAGAAAUGGCAGAGCUCUGAGAACACACCAGAGAAUCCACAGCGGUAGUGCAAGACUGAUUGAAAGUAAGGGGAAGAAAACCCGACUUCAGGAUACAGAAUCGGUAGAGCAACUGAUGGCAUCCACGAAAACUUGCAAAGAGGACAAUUUCUUGUGUCUGAGUGAACCUGAUAAGAACCAAGAGGGGACAGACAACAACAAUGGAAAUGGCAAGGAGAAGGUUGAAAAUGGGGAACACUUCAGCCAGGACUCUGACUGUAUCAUGCAUGAGGGCCCUGAUGUAGAGGAGAAGCCAUUCAAGUGUUGGCACUGUGGACAGAGCUUCAGUAGUAUCUCAGAUCGUCUGACCCAUGAGAAAACCCAUGUGGGUGAAAAAGUGUAUAAAUGUUCCCAGUGUGGAGAAAGUGUGAGAACUCACAAGGGUCGGAAGCCCCGUAGGUGUUCCCAUUGUGGAAAUACCUUUGGGUACAACCCAACAGACAAAAUCCAAGCAGAGGAGAAGCCUUGCACAUCUUUAGGACGUAGGAAAAACUGCAAACAGACCUCCAACCUUCUCAAACAUAAAAAAACGCCUGCAACAGGUGGAAAGUCAUGUCCAAAGUGUGGGAAGACCUUUACAAAAGCCUCGUAUCUCAAAAUGCACCAGAGAGUUCACACAGGGGAGAAACCCUAUAAAUGUUUGCAGUGUGGGAGGUGUUUCACCUGGAGUUCACAUUUGAAAUACCAUGAGAAAAUGCACACCAUGAUGUGCUUCUACUGUGGAAAAAGUUUCAGUCAGGAAUCAAUACGUGUUGAACAUGAGAAGACCCAUGCGGAAGACAACACAUUUGCAUGUUUCGCUUGUGGAAAAGCCUUUGAAGUUAGUUCAGAGCUAUCUGCACAUGCACAAACCCAUAAAGGGAAAUCAUUUGAAAAUUCGCUCUUGUUAAAGCCGUAUGGAAACAGCUUGCAACACACGGCACAUCAGGAAGUCCUUGUCAAGGAGUCUCGUGAAUGUUCAGAGUGUGGGAAGACCUUUAGGAGUGCCUCAUAUCUCAAAGUGCAUCAGAGAAUCCACACAGGAGAGAAACCAUUUGGAUGUUUUCGCUGUGGAAAAUCUUUCACCUGGAGUUCACAUUUCAAAUAUCAUGAGAAAAUGCACACAAUGUGUUUCUACUGUGGGAAAAGUUUCUGCCAAAAAUCAGAAUGUGUUGAACAUGAGAAGACCCAUGCGGGAGACAACACAUUUGCAUGUUUUGCUUGUGGGAAAGUCUUUGGCAACAGUUCGAAGUUAGCUGCACAUGUGCAAACCCACAAAGGAAAAACUGGUGAGAACAGCAUGCAACACACUGCGCAUCAGGAAGUCCAGACAGGAGAGAAGUCUUACAAAUGUUCAGAGUGUGAGAAGACCUUUAGAAGCGCCUCAUAUCUCAAAGUGCACCGGAGAAUCCACACAGGAGAGAAGCCAUUUAAAUGUCUUCAGUGUGGGAGGUCUUUCUGCUGGAGUUCGCACUUGAGUUAUCAUGAGAAGACACAUCAAAAGAUCCGCACAGGAAAGAAACCAUAUAAAUGCUCCCAUUGUGGCAAAACCUUCAGCUGGCGUUCCCAACUUUUACUGCAUGAGAAAAAGCACAAGGGAGAGAAGGCCUGUAAAUGCUCAAUCUGUGGGAGAAGCUUCGAUAGGCGAUCCAGCCUUAUUUUGCAUGUGAGAAGUCACACAAAACAGGCAGCAUAUAAAUGUGCAGACUGUGGAGACAGUUUCACCUCAAACACCAUUCUUCAGCGGCACAAGAAAAUCCAUGCAUUGGCUCCUGAGGUUCCAGAUAGUUUUUGAGAUACUGAACAGAACAGACAUACAAGACAAGACAGAAUUUUGACCAUAAAGAUUAAGGAAGAAAUGUAUAAAUCAGUGGUUCUCAAUGUGUGGGUCCCCACGUGUUUUGGCCUACAACUCCCAGAAACCAUAGCCAGUUUACCAGCUGUUAGGAUUUCUGGGAGUUGAAGCCAAAAACAUAUGGGGACCCACAAGUUGAGAACCACUGAUACAAGUCAAGGGCAUUUGCCAAUGACUUAGUAAUAUGUAUUGUUAAAGGCUUUCAUAGCCAGAAUCACUGGGUUGCUGUGAGUUUUCCAGGGUGUAUGGCCCUGUUCCAGAAGCAUUCUCUCCUGAUGUUUCACCCACAUCUAUGGCAGGCAUCCUCAGAGGUCGUGAGAUCUCUUGGAAACUAGGCAAGCGAGGUUUCUAUAUCUGUGGAAGGUCCAGGGUGGUAGAAAAAACUCUUGUCUGCUGGAGGAAACUGAAUGUUGCAGUUAAUCACCUUGAUUAGCAUUUAAUGGCAUUUAAUCAAGGUGAUUAGUUGUAACAUUCAUACUUGUCUCCAACAGACGAGAGUUCUUUCUCCCACCCUGGACAUUCAACAGAUAUAUAAACCUCACCUGCCUAGUUUCCAACAGACCUCACAACCUCUGAGGAUACCUGUCAUAGAUGUGGGCGAAAUGUCAGGAGAGAAUGCUUCUGGAACAUGGCCAUACAGCCCAGAAAAUUCACAGUAACCUACCGAUGUAGUAAUAGUUUUGAGAAGCCCAUUGGACAGUACAGAUGUUCUAAUGAGAAAAUUAAAAGAAUUUGUGACCUUUCAGGUUUUAAGAAUAGUGAAAAGACAAAGGUGUUGACUGACAAUAUGAAAAAACAGGUAGAAAUGAAGGAUCAAACUGGUUUUAGAAUAGGGAAGAUUAAACACUAGUAUUGUUAUGACAAGUACGCUGUUACAAAAUCGCAAAGGCUGGAUCCACACUGCCAAAUAAUGCAGCUUGAACUCCCAUUAUAUCGUCAGUGCAGACCCAUAUAAUGCAGUUUAGAGCUAGCCUAUGUUAAGACAUGAAAUAAUAUGAAGAAUAUGCAAAGGCGGGAGAAAUUGUUGUGGAGAUUUUGUUGUAAAUAGGAAUAUUUUGCCCAGGAUGAUGAUGUUAUCCACACAAUACUGCUCUUGACAAUUGAUAUCCCAGUUAAGCAAUUGCAGGAUGAUUUAUUGACCUCAGGAGUCAAAUAUAAGGUAUUGUGAGAUGAAAGGAAACAAUAGGAUUGGAUUUACAUGAUCUGAAAUUGUAUUUUGCUGCCUAUUUGGCUUGGUAAUGCAGUCAUUCCUUCACAUUCAAUGGCUUUGACUUUUGAUGAUUUAAUUAUUCACGACUUUGGUUGAAAUGUCACACUGGAGGACCUAGAAAUUCCACCAACUUCUGGUGGAGUCAUGCUGGAUAGCCUAGAGAUUUCUGUGAAGGUGUUCUUUCAGAUUGAAAAAACAUUUUUUUCUUAUUUAUGAUUUUUCACUUUUGUGAUGAUCUUAAGCUCAGCAAAUGUGGAGGACGGGGAAGAUUACAAAAACAAGAAGUGCUUCCUCAGCUGGCUGAUGCCACAGGUCAUAAUAUGUGUAAGAUGAUCCUUAAGGAUAUUUUUCAAAACGUAUUAAAAUUGAGAUUAAAGAGGGAAUGCGUUUAGUAUAAACAACACUCAAAGUAACUUUCUUAUAAACAGUCUUAAGCAUGCCUCUUUUAUAUAAAUUGCUCUAAAAUACCAAGGAGUUUUUCCCUCUCCCAGUGAGACUAGUUGUAUCAGCUUAUAGCAGAUAUAAGACAUUGUUCAGAGUACAAGGAGAUACAAUAGAUGUUUGAAGCCUUAGCACCUGAAUUUCGAGAUACAAUCCUUAACAUAAAAAUUCUAGAAUGGAUACUUAUAAAUGAGGCAAUUUUUCAACCUAGUACAUCUGGGUAAGAAAAUAGAGCAACUCUAGCGAUGGAUUACAUCAUACCAGGCAGGGAAAACUUUGUCCCUCCAGGUGUUUUGGACUUCAACUCCCACCACUAAGCGGCUAAGGGGGAAAAGGAAGGGGCCUGAGGCUGUUAGGAAUGGUGGGAGUUGAAGUCCAAAACACCUGGAGGGACAAAGUUUGCCCAUGCCUGCAUCAUACUGUACUUUUCCUACUUUUCAUUGAUUCCCUUAAAUAGUCAUUUUUUAAAAACCCAUAAGUAACCCACUGAUGGAUAUAUUUUCUUACUUUAAUGAUCAGUUGUCCACUUGUAUAGAGAGUGCAUACUGCAAUUCCAGAAAUUGAUUGGUAGGUUAUAUUAGAAAGGGUAAUAUUUUGAAGGAGAAGAGUUGUUUAUAAGAUGUCAUAAAUGCUGUACAAAUAUUAAAUGUGUUUCUCUUUAUUUUUAGAUUAGCCCCUGUGAUAAGGCUGAAAAGUGUUGGAAUUUUUAAAUAAUAAAAGGUUUUGGCAAAAACAAA